CGCAUAUAUAGGCUCUGGCAGAAGGACGAUCCCUCAUUCAGUCGUCGUCUGUCAGCAGUGAUUGUCAGCCAGCGCCAGCCAUCGCAGCCAUCGUAGUCGUAGAAGUCGUAGAAGUCGUAGUGUCUGUGAUAGCUAUAGACCCAGUGUGCCCAAGUGCUUAGGAUGCUGUUCCUUGCGCCGCGCAAGCAUCUGUUUGCCACCAACCUGAUCAUCCUGCUGAUGAUCUACGUGAUGCGCAAGUGCCUGCAGCUCUUCUGCAUCCUCGAGAACCGCACCGCCUGCCCGCAGCCCGACUGUGACUGCGACGAGCGGGACAGGGAGGAGGAGAAGGAGAAGGAGGAGGACUCCCCAUUGAUGGAGAGACGCGGCGGCUUCAAGUUCAUACCCGAUGCCAUGCAUAAGAGCAUGCACGGCUUUGGCUAUGGCGAGGGCCACUACCAGAUCUUCGUGGAGAAGAAGGAGCGCAAUCUGCCCACCCAUUCGCGCCUCAAUGCGGCCACAGCUGAAGUGAAGCUGAAUCCCAAUUAGAGGGCGAUGCCCCCACCCCAAUGUCCCCCCUCCCCCAGAGAGAGAGGGACACUGACAUCUUCUGGAGCCUCUGAAGGCCACAGGAUGAAGUCAGGACAAUGUGCCAAUUGCCAGCCAGCCAGCAGCCACACCACCACAGCCGCCACACCACAACAGCCCCACCACAACAGCCAACAAUCAAAUAAUCAAAUCCACCUCCAGACACACAUCCACAUUCAUUUUGGUUCCUCUUCUUCCGCACAGCCUUUGAUUAAUCAUUAAUAUAUGCAGCAGAUAUGCCUAUUUUUAUAACCAAACAAAGCGCACUUUUGGCCAUUAAUAAAAUUCAUAAAAAAUAUA